AUGCGCUUAGUUUCAGUAUACCAAUACCGUUGCAUAUCAUCCUUAAAUCGAUGUGGAUCUCUGCUGGCAAAUAUGACUUUAGGAAUACUACUUUUGAAGAAAAGCUAUUCAAAAUCUACAUAUGCAGCAGUAGUUGCAGUAACUAUCGGAAUUUCUAUGUGCACAAUGGCCUCUGUAUCAGCCAAGACAGCAGAGGCUAGUGACAAGGCACAGAUUGACUCAGACUUACAUGAAAUGACGAUUGGAACAAUCAUGGUCUUUAUUGCAUUAUUUACGUCCGCUUACUUAGGUAUUCAACAGGAGCAGUUAUAUAAAAAAUACGGGAAGCAUCCAAAGGAGGCCUUGUUUUAUACGCACUUACUACCUUUGCCUGCGUUCUUGUUGCUACAAAGCGAUAUCAGGCAUCAUAUUAAUAUAUUCUCACAACCACCCUAUGCGAAUUUUUCCUAUAUGCCUGAAAAUGGUUUCACAAUGUUAUGGUUCCUGCUAUUUUGCAAUGUUAUCACUCAAUAUCCUUUUAAUGUUUAA